GAUCAGUGCCGUUGCAUGGAGUCAGCUCAGCUCUCCGAUAAGUGCAGAGCAAUAUUGAUUUUUCGGAUAACAGCACUAUUUUCAUUCCUUUUCUUCGAUUCAUAGAAACAACCAGAUAGGGACCGUGGGGAAAUGGCGGUGCCGAGGCGCCGACAGUACUACUACCACCGCUUCGGUUCUCUGAUGCCUGUUAUCUCCGCUAUCUCACUCAUGCUUUUGGUUUUCUUCGGACUCCUUUCCUUCCUCGCUCCCUUUCCCGUCGAUCGUCUCCGCCAAAACCAACGCCACGGCGGCGGCCACCAAUCUUCCCUCAACAUUGUGGACGAGGACGUGAUUGGAGCUCAGCUGUUUCCUGUUCCGAUAGGUGGGGGAAGAUUGGGUCGCAGUCUGUGGAGUUCGAGAAAUUCAAAAUUCUUCUAUGGAUGCAGCAAUGCUAGCCGCAAGUUUGCAAAUGCUGAUGCUAUUACACAUCCAAACCGGUAUUUGCUGAUUGCAACUAGUGGAGGCUUAAAUCAACAAAGAACUGGCGUAAUUUUCCUUUGUCCUAUAACGGAUGCUGUUGUUGCUGCCAGAAUUUUGAAUGCUACUCUGGUUAUACCAAAGCUGGACCAGAAAUCUUUCUGGAAGGAUAAAAGUAAUUUUUCAGAGAUUUUUGAUGUUGAUUGGUUUAUAUCAUUUCUGUCAAAAGAUGUUAAAGUCAUAAAGAAUCUCCCUAGAAAGAGAGGAAAAUUUUGGACUCCACAUUCGAUGCGCGUUCCAAGGAAGUGUAACGAGAGAUGUUAUAACAAUUGUGUAUUACCUGUUCUUUUGAAAAGGCAUGCUAUCCAGCUCAAUAAGUUCGAUUACAGGCUUUCAAACAAAUUGGAUACAGAUUUGCAGAAGUUGAGAUGCAGAGUCAACUAUCAUGCUUUGAAGUUUACAGGUCCUAUCCUUGAAAUGGGUGAAAAGUUGGUCAACCGGAUCAGGAUGAGAAGGAGAAGCAAACAUUAUAUUGCCAUGCACCUGAGGUUUGAGCCUGAUAUGUUAGCAUUCUCAGGGUGCUAUUAUGGUGGAGGUGAAAAGGAAAGGAAAGAACUUGCUGCAAUACGAAAGAGGUGGAAGACUUUACAUACGAGCAAUCCUGAAAAGGAAAGAAGGCAUGGGAAAUGUCCACUCACUCCUAAAGAAGUUGGUCUGAUGCUUAGAGCUCUGGGAUAUGGUAGUGAGGUCCAUUUAUAUGUGGCAUCUGGGGAGGUAUUUGGAGGGGAAGAGACGCUGGCACCCCUAAAAUCACUGUUCCCAAAAUUCUAUACAAAGGAGACUCUAGCCAGCAAGGAGGAAUUAAAACCAUUUUCUUUGUUUUCUUCUCGAAUGGCUGCCCUAGACUUUAUUGCGUGUGAUGAAAGUGAUGUUUUUGUUACAAAUAACAAUGGUAACAUGGCUAGAAUAUUAGCAGGACGAAGGAGGUAUUUUGGCCACAAACUUACGAUUCGUCCCAAUGCUAAAAAACUUUAUAGAUUGUUUCUGAACCAAGAAAACAUGACAUGGGAAGCAUUUGCUUCUAAAGUUCGUAGGGAUCAGAGGGGCUUCAUCGGUGAACCAAAGGAGGUGAGACCUGGCAGGGGUGAAUUUCAUGAGAAUCCAUCCACAUGCAUAUGUGAAGAUUAUGAUGCUAUGGCACAAAGAAAUUCAGGACCUAAGAAGUUUGGUAAAGAAUCUGAGGCCUCGAGAAAAGAUGAUGUAAUAAGUCAGGAUCAGAAUGUGGAUAAUGAGCCAGAAUGGCCCGAUACAGAUCAAGAUGACCUUCAAGAUCAAGGCCCGUUUAAUUUUACAAAUGUUGAUUAUGACGCUGACACCUCUGAAGAACCUGAGUUGGAAGAGUUGCUUUCAGACUAACUGAUUCUUUUGGUGAGAUUUCAUAUCCUUGUGUUCCUCAAGGUAUUAGCAGUUUCUGGAAUUCUAUACCUGUAUAUACACUCUUGGUAUCGGGAAUACGAGCAUCGUCAAUAUUACUAGCUUCAUGAAUACUUCUAGAGAUAUCAUAUCUGUUACAUUUCGUACAUUGAACAAGAGGGGAUCAUGGACAAGACUAGGAGCAAAAAUGGUGGUGCCUGACUAAUUAGUUCAGAGAUUAGCUAGACUCACAUUGACAUCCAAGUGCUGGCGAGUUGCAGAUUGAUCGGUAAGCCUCUAUUGGGAAGAAACAAAAACAAAGGUGUUGGAAGAAGAGGAACCAAGUGUUGUUACAGUUGAAGGAGAGGAGCAAGUUUGUGUUCCUUCUCUUAAGGCUGGUUAUUAUUACUUCUGAAUCUGCUCAUCUUUCUGUAUCUCUCUUUUGAGUGAGUUUGAUUACUGGAAUCAGCUGGAAACUUUCUAGAUGGAGAUGCAAAGCUGUGGCAGUGCAGCAGCUAUUUCCUGAUGAAUAUUUUUGGUACUCAUUAAUUGAGCUGUUUUGUCUGUCCAAUCAAUGAAGGGCAAAGCAGCUGAGGUUAAAGUCAUGACACACUAUUCUAAUUGCCUGUUUGGUACAGCGUCCCCGCUAGCGUAUAAGCUAGCAUAGACGCUAAAGGGAGAUGUACCAAACACGCUGUAUACACUAGCUUAUACGCUCAAAAAUCAUAAGCUUUGGACGAAGGCUUAUUUGUGCGAGACGCUCUGCGAGGGUUUCCUCUGUGCGACCUCAUUAGGACAGUAGAGUUUAUUUUAGAAAUUGAUAUGUUUUGAGUUCAUUGAAAUUGACUGAGAUUUCAGUUCAAUUGAUUUUCAAAACCCAUGUUUGAUUUACUGGGUUGUUGCAUGUCUCUGCCUAGUGGGUGUGGCAACUUUGAGAUGAGAGUGAUCUUUCAAUUCAAUCAACUUGAUACCGGUCAUUGUAGGCUUUUGAUGCUUCUUGGACAGUGUGAUCUCUCUGCUUUCUCCGGGGACUGAUGUUUUUGAGUGUUACAUGUCUUAUGCCUUGGCUCAAACGUACAACUAAGAGACCUUUAUCCCUUGCAGUUUAUAUCAAGAUUAGACCAGAUUCUUGAGCAACGAAGAUGGUUGAAGCAAGAUGCUUAGUUUUGAUUUCUAGUGGAGAGGGCAACUCAAAGGGCAGUGAUUCUGUUGACUCUCACAGAUGAUGGUAGCACUGGUUAUAAUUGGAGAAAAUAGUCACAAGCAUGCAGCAUAUGAAAAUUUUAAAGUCCAGAUGAAUCCGAGAGUUUCACCCCUAAUUGAAUCAAAUUAUUGAUCUCACAGCAGGAUUUCAGAGCUUUUUUUUUUUGGUAACCAAGAAACCAUCCAAGUGAACGUGAACUUCAAGUCGCUAGAACAACUCGCACCACGUUGGUUGGUACAGAUAAGACUGUUAAAGCUCAUGUGAAUGGGGUCCAAAAGUGGGACAAACGAACCUACUUGGCGAUAGCCAAGUGGUUGUCAACAUACAAUUGUUCAUAAAACUUUUAACACGAUGGUUUUGCCA